CGCUGCCUUUGUUUGUUGACAGCCCCAAAUGUUUACAAACCAACAACAUCAUAGCCAACAAACGAUUUAACGCCAAAACAGACCAAUAGUCACACAAGACGAUAAUGCCCCGUACCAGGGUGUAAUUUUGAAGCUGUCGCCCCUCAGGACUGUUUGCGCAAGGGUCGCACGCGCCUGGCGCGGCGGGGUGUUUUUGCCGGAGACAUCGGGUACGACCACCGGUGGCCUGCUUUCUUCUCCCGGCAAGAUGGCGAAUCAUGAUUCUAUUCUCGUCAUUUCCUCGUCUCCCGAUUUCCCAUCGAUUUGCGAUCUACUUCCGAAAGCGAUCAAACAACCUGCGUUGCGCAGCGGCAGCAAUGCCGCCCCAGUCCCCGACGAUGCACCAACCGCAUUCACGAGCGCCGCAAGCAUAUGGCAAUCCUCGCGAGCCCUUGAUUUAGAGGAUACCGGGAUAGAUAAACUAGGGCUAUCUCGGACCGCCGCUUCCACGAACCUACCCGCGAAUUCUGCCCCCCGCUUGUCGACUGAAUCUGAAUCUGCCAUCGAACCCGCGAACCGCGGGGCAGCAAGGGAGAAGGAAAGGCCGAGGACGGCCAGAGCAGGGAAGAAAAAGGCGAACAAGCAACAAACUGAGCCUUCGACGGCCGUAGCCGCGACCGUUGUGGACGCGCCGCCGGCUGCAGGUGCACCGCUCAAGAAAUCUGGGAGAAAGGCGAGGCCAACCAAGGACGCGGCAUUGGCACAAAGUACGCUGCUUCAGGGGAAAGUAACCAAGCCGACGGCAAAGGGAGCACAACCCCAAAAGAAAGUAGAAACUGUUAGCAGGCAUUUCGCUCCCCCGACCUCAGCUCCGGUGGCACCAACCGAACUGGUUGCGGAUCCGAUAGAUGCCCCGCCGGCCACUUUUGAGCCAGCGAUGGCACGAAGGAUGGACUGGACGCCUCCGCAGGAGAGCGCGCGCAUUCAUUCCCUCGCCGAUUCAUCCACGGAGAAAGGACUCUCCUCUUCUGUCUUGCCCCUGCAGGACAACGUCUUUAAAACUCUCCAAGACACCUAUGGCCGAGCUAUGGAAGCCCACAGCCAUGUGAGCGCCGCAUUGCCUUCGGCCAAUAUGGAUGUUCUGGGAAAGCGGAAGCUCGUCGAAAUGGUAGCGUCCGCUGGGAACCGACAACAGACACCCGAGGCAUCCCCAACAAAACCCAAGGCUGUGAAGAAAAAGCCACGUACCAUCACGGAGCUGGCAACAGCGGCCUACCGUCGUCCGGAAGAGGAAGAGCGGUCAACUGUGGGUGUGCAACAAGACACCCCACCCAGUCACCCCGAGGUCCCUGGUGAGCAAACGGCGGCGGCAAGCAAGCCCGCAGGCGCGAAACCGAAAGCCGCGAAGAAAGGGUCCAAGCCAAAGGCAACGAAGAGAAAGGGACCACCGCCUAAGCCAAUACUCCUGUCCCCAACGAGCGCCAUGCGGGAGGUGUCUAACCAGGACUUUGUGUUUGGAACCGCAAGUCAGUUGGCAACUGAGGACGAUCCAGUGCUCCUCCGAGCUUUGCACGAGGCCAUGAAAGUGUCAAAUCAAGCGGAUAGCGAUCCGUUCACAACGCCGAGCCCCGGAAACAGCAACCUCGCUAUCCGGAAAAGACCAGGCGCAGGGCUGUGGGCAGCUGGGGCUCGGUACGGCGAUGGGGAUUUGCUUGACGCCGAGGUGCUGGACUUGACACGUUCUUCCCCUUUGUCGUUAGCCGAACUUGGGUUAAAGGGCCCGUCCCUGCACCCCGACGCGGCGGUGAUCCACAAGCCACUCGUCGAGAAUGCCUGUAUUGAGAUUGAAAUGUCCGAUGACGCGUUAGAUCUCAGUAUUUCUCCACCAGUUGGUUUGCCAAAAUCGCAGCUCGCAUAUCCGCCGCGCCCAGGAAGUCAAUCCAUACAGCGGAGUGAUUCUGACCUUGGGAUGAACGUCCGCCCGCAAACCCCACCACAGGAACCUGAAUUUGAUCCGCCGCCCAGUAACCAGGAACAGCACCAGCUUCUUCUCACCCAAUCCAAUAGCCCGCAGCAAGAAAAACCACCACCGCCACCACCGCCAAGCUUUGAGCUUUACACUGAUGCACGCCUCGCGAAAGAGGUGGCAUCGUACGGCUUCAAGGUAAUGAAGAAAAGAACGGCGAUGAUUGCGCUCUUGACCCAGUGCUGGGAAAGCCGAAACAAGAUCACCCCUGGAAGCAUGUCUACCCAAGCCACUAUGUCAACGUCCACCGCGAACGCGGCUGCCUCCCCCUCUCGACCAAGGGGUCGGCCUCGGAAGGAUUCUGCGACAGCAACGACUGAAGCUGCCGAAGCACCAUCACCUACCAAAAGAGGAAAGAAGAAGACGGGCGUGGUCAAGGGUGCCGGAAACGAAGCGCCACAGCCUGAAAAACGGCCCCGCGGAAGACCAAGGAAGGAUUCCGCCGCAUCGGUUUCAGACAUUACGGAGGCACCGGCGGUUCCGAAACCCCGGCGGCGAAAGUCAGUUGCCAGCAGCGAUGUUGAGAUUGAGGGGCCUCCGGUCGAGAAGCGGCCACGGGGCAGGCCCAAGAAAGUUGCAGCCGCACCUCCUACGAAACGGACGACAAAGGCAAAGGCGCCGGCCUCCCCAAAGCGCGCCAAAUCACCGCGCAACAACACCGAACCCGCCCCGGCCACUCCUCGGCGGCGCAAGGCGCCCUCAAAACAAGUCUUCGAAAUACCCGACUCCGAGUCAGACGACCCUUUUGCGUCCACCGCGCCCUCCUCCCCCGAUCAACAAGCAGAGCUCUUCUCGUCCCCACCCGCUGUAGACCUAUCUAUCACCGAAGACACCGAGACGUCCCUCAUGGCCAGCCCCACCACGGAGGAUAUGUCCCUCUUCAGCUACAUCACGCGGGCGGUUGUUAGCGCGCCGCCGACGAAAGACCCGGCAAACCCCAGCUGGCAUGAGAAGAUGCUCAUGUAUGACCCCAUCAUUCUGGAGGACCUCACGGCGUGGCUGAACGCGGGGGAGCUGGACCGGGUUGGGUUUGAUGGGGAGGUGGCGCCGGGUGAUGUGAAGAAGUGGUGCGAGAGUAAGAGUGUGUGCUGUCUUUGGAGGGUGAAUUUCCGAGGGAAGGAAAGGAAGAGGCUUUGAGUCGGCUUGGGCUGAAGGGGGCGGUGGACGAGGGAGUCAAGUUGGAAAUGUUCCAGGUUUACUUUGCGAAUCAGGGGUUUGGGGGUUGGUUUCAGCGACAUGCUGAUUCGCUUUCUACUUUAGCGAGCGUUCUCUUAUGUUUGCAUAUCAUGUACGAUUCUAAGAAUGAGUAACGAGGUCUACCAAUGCGUUCCAUCGCAAACUCCGUCCUUCCGAACUACCGG